UCUCUCUCUCUCUUCCUCUCUCUCUCUCUCCUCUCUUCUCAACAGCAGAAGGAUGGUUUGAGUAGAAUUUUAUUCACGAUCGAUACACUUCGGAUCCAAAACGAACUUACAAGCCGAUUUCUUGGAGGAGCAGCAGGUAUAGGCAAUGGAUUCCGACCCUCAGUCUUUCAAGCAGUGGCAGAACGAUACCUCAAAUUCAGGACGCCAUCUCCAGCUGUGCUGCUGCAGCUACAGGUCAUUCUGUCCUACUUGCAGAAUGAAAAGCUGUGUGUUCUGGUCUUUACAAACAUGGCAUUUUGUCUAGCCUUCCUCACUGGGCGACUGAUCCUGAGGACUUUCUUUGGCGAUCUACGAAUGAUUGAACGGCAGCACAUGUAUGAUAGGGCACUAAACUUCCUGCUUUUUAAAGUCGUCUUUGGGGUGCCAUUCUGGAGCCUCGCUGGGAAAACUUUUAAUCUGGACUGCCUGGUUCACUAUCCUCGGAUUUCACGAGUCUUUAGCAUGCUGUGCCGUGAUCGGUUUGAAUUUAUUUUGAGCAUGCUCACAAUGAUCUUGGUCUCGAACAUUGCGUGGUUUUACUCUGUAUCUCGGUCUUCCGAUCCAUGUUACUUCCUGUCCUUUGAGUGCUUCACAUUGUUCCUGGACACGGUUCAGACACUUACCAGUGAAUCACGAAGAAUGAUUCAAUACUAUACCGAAUUUGUUACUGACACGAUGAUUUUGGUGACAACUUGGGACACUACUCCAUUUAUGUAUUUGCAUGGGAUCUCAUUUACACUCAUUGAUGCAGUGCUGAAAAAACUUGCCGCAUUAUACCCAUCAGCAACAGAGAAGGAACUGGAAGAUUAUAGCGAUGACUGUGCUAUCUGCAGGGACAGUAUGGCCUCAGCAAAAGUCCUUCAUGUGGCGGCAUUGUCCGUCAAAACAGAAUCAAAUAGGGUAGUGAAUAGUGGUUCGAAUGGUAUUUCUAGUCAUAACGUGAACCGCGCCAAUGUUGAGACAGCUGCAGCGCCUACCUUGAGCGACAUCCAAUAUUCUAGCCGCAUUGGGCCACCAACCGCUACCCCUUCGUUACAAGCUCUAUCAGUGCCAUCCUCUAUGGGUAAUCAUUCAUCGUCAAGUGCUCCUACCCAUAAUAGCGCUUCAGGCAACAAUAGCAAUCGUUCUAGUACAGGGCAUCAAUUGUUUACAUUCAACUCUGAGCAGCAGCCAUGGCUGAGUCGUCUGGGCUUCCAAGAAUCACAGUGGAGGUCUACGGAUGAAGAUGAGGAUGAAGAUUUGAGAAGAGCCAUUGCUGAGAGCUUGGCUUUGAGUCAACUGACGCAAUCACAAAUCAACAUCAAAUUUGCCGUUAACAGCCUCAACAACGACAGCAGCGGCGACAGCAACAGCGACGACUAUAACAGCAACGAGCGAACAUUUGAGUCGGGACAUCGGUCAUAAAUCGUCUACAACAUUAGCCGGAGCAGCGAUUCUGAGUGUGGCCCUAGUCAGAGCCAAGUCGAAGAGCUAGCCUUGUGAGCGAAAUUGAGUUGAUCAUAGGAACAGCAUUGGUGGGGUAGACGAGAGACUAUGCCCACCUGUGAUCUCAAAGUUGAUUGAAUUGAGCGAGUUACACGUAGUGUACCAAGUCAGAGAGUCUACUUUGAGUUGUGAAUAACUCAAACUUGUAUUUUUAUUCCUUUAUCUAACUAACCCUUAACUAAAGUUCAAGUGACUGUCCCUCCAAAAAAAAAAAAAAAAAUAAUAAACAGUCAGUGCUUGUUGCUUG